AUGGAUCGUAAUCCUCUCCGUUGUGCUGUCGGCCUUGCGCCAGCCAUCCCGCUGUUGAACCCACAGGUGUGGCCCUCAAAGGGCACAUCUGAAAGCUUGCAGCACGAGCACAAGGGCACCCAUCUAUCAGAGAUCCAUCCCCAAGCAUCCACUCCAGACAUUGGCAUUGAAAAAAUUUCUUUUGGAUCGACGCCGCCAGAGGCCGUUCUAAAGCUUCGCCAGUAUGCGGCUCAGGACCUCAUGAUGUGCCGUGCCAUCGUCGUCACUCUUGAGCUGACUCGAAUGAGCAAGGCUCGCACGGGCAUACGGAACUGGAUGCUCUUUUGGAAGGAAAUAUACCGCCCCUUCCUGGCCGAACAGAUCAUUGCGGUUGUCAGCGCCGCGUCCCUGGAAAUCGAUCGACUGUUCAAGGCCAGCGCGCAACGACUAUGUCUAUUAGCCUGCAGCAUCGGCCAACGAAUGAUAGACCUGAGGACCUCCCAGGAGGCGACCAGUAUCUGGCGCCAGAUGGAACAUCAGAUCACCAGAUACAGAAAGCUACGGCAACGUAGCGCUCAGAUCGUUUUUGAUAAGCUGAGGUGCCGGUUGGAGCGGAUUCCUGUUGACAUAUCGGAUGACCUCUUUGAUGACCUGAAGAGAGGCAUAUUUGCGUUGGAUCCCUCUGGCAACUACCAUCCCGGAGACCCGAUAGCCGAGGCAUGGGAUCGGCGAGUCGAUUGCAUGGCCCAUGCGGAGGCGUAUGUCAGACAACAACCAGAUCUCCCGAGUAGGCCGGGCUUCAAUGAUGGCUUUCGCCUUGCGAUGAACGUCGCAUCCGCAGGGGCGGACGACCCACACACCGCCUACGGAAAUACACAGUCGCUGAGCGACUACUGA